UUAGCGAUAAAAAUAUAAAUAAUAUAUUAUAAAAACAUAAAAUCAUUACCUUUGUGGAUUCUUAAAUUAAUUAUAAGGUAUAAGAAUGAAGAAAGUAGAAUUAAAUGAUUCUAAUCUCAUAGAGGCGACGAAAAGAUUAUCCUUAUCUAAAUCAGUUCAAAAGAAAAAUUUGACAGGAAUUAAACGUCUUGUAAGUGAUUUAGUCUUAAAUAUACAUGCAAAUAUACAGCAAUGGAACAAUCUCAAUGCUCAAGGACUUACCUAUAUAAAAGAUAUAACACAGAAAAGACGUGACAAAAAAUAUUUUUUAAUUCUGCAAGAUCUAUGUGUCAACUUGGGCAACAUUUGUAAUAGGAUGGAUAACAUAGUUGAAAAUUUGGAUCAAAUUAAACAUCAAUUAACAGCAGCAAAGAUUUUACAAAAAAGUACAGAUAAAUUGUUUCUAACAUGGCCAGUGACUAGAUUUGAGGAAGUAGCAGAAUCUAUACAUGAAGUAUAUUGUAAGGAAGCUAAAUUGAAACGCAUUAUACUUGAAAAUGUUGCUCACAAAACUUCGGAAUCUUGGAAGGUGCUUUUUCUUACAGCAUGGGUGCAUCAACCUUUCUUACAUGACCAUGUAAAAUUAUUAUUAGAUGUGAUGCUUCUUGAAAUUAAUUACAAAAAAUGAAAGUUUCUAAUAUACAUUUUUUUAUUGUGAUAUAGUUAAAAAAAAUAAAGCAACUUUUUAUCAUUUUGCGUGACUAUCCAGUUGCGUGGACGGAUAACAUUAUUACAUACAUGAAAUGUUAUGAUUAAUAUUGUAUACUAAACAUUGUUUUACUAGCAAAAAAAUAUUUUGUUUAAUCAUUAGUUGUCACUUUGUAAAAUAGAAAAGAUUUCUGUUGCAUAUCAAUCUUUUAAGGAAUAUAAAAGCUGUUUUUCCAUUAAAAUAAUAAUAUUAGUU